AUGCAUUCCGCCGCGUUACUGCUAGUGUCAGCCAUAUGUUUGAUUCCAAGUCUGGUAUACGGCUACAAUGAUGGCAACAGCAGUGAGGGCAAUGACGGGCCGUGGAGCAGCUUCAACCUCCGAGUCGGAACUCCAAAACAGGAUGUUCACGUCCUUGUCUCAACAGCAUCUCCCGAAACUCUGGUUGUCCUGUCCGAGUAUGGUUGCUCGACCGCCGUCUUCUCCGAUGUGCCUUCCGACUGCGCAGUAUCGAGGGGUAACCUCUUCACGCCAAAUGAGUCGUCGACCUGGUAUGACGCGGGCACCUUCGCGAUCAAUGGAGAUGGUGUUGGCCUAGAGGCUAACUUGGGCUACUAUCAAAGAGCCCAGUUCGGGUUGGAGACUCUGGGUGUAGGUUUUGUUGACGGUAGCACUGGACCUACUCUUGAGAACCACACUGUCGCUGGCAUCGCCACGGCGUCGCCAUUUUACCUGGGCAUCUUUGGACUGAACACCCAGCCAGUCAACUUUAGCACACUGGGCAAUUACUCUGCGCCAUCCUUUAUAACGACGCUGAAGGAUGAAGAUAUUAUUCCAAGUCUCAGCUGGAGUUACACAGCAGGAGCCAAGUACCUAUCUCAAAUAGGCCUCAAGCAAGUCUUUGGUCAGCUCAUUUUCUCCGGAUACGACACGUCCCGGUUCACCGAGAACUCAGUGAGCUUCAGCAUGGCCGACGACCUCACACGCGACCUCGUUGUUGCUCUUCAAUCGAUAUCCUACAGCGGAUCCGACAAAACUACCCUCCUAUCUUCCCCCAUCAACAUAUACAUCGAUUCUACUGAUCCAAAUCUCUGGCUCCCGGACGAUGUAUGCGAUGCAUUCGAAUCAGCGUUUGGGCUCACUGUGGACAAUACCACCGGGCUAUACCUGGUGAACGACACACACCACAGCACGUUGGUCGCCACGGAUGCAGAAGUCUCAUUUCGGCUUUCGGAUGUCCUUGAAGGUGGAGAUUCGGUCACCAUCGUUCUCCCGUACGAUGCCUUUGCCCUCAAGGCAGAGUACCCUCUAGUGGAAAACAUAAGCUACUACUUCCCACUGAAGCGGGCAGCGAAUGAGACGCAGUACACGCUGGGUCGGGUAUUCUUACAAGAAGCUUACCUAACGGCCGACUACGAACGUCAAGUCUUUAAUGUAUCGCAAUGUACCUGGGUGGAGGGAGCCGAGGAGAACAUUGUGACCAUCACAUCUAAAGACGCAAAUAUCACAUCUUCCUCCUCAGCUUCAGCUUCAGCAACGCAAACUACCGAAACCACAAAAUCGAAUAGCUCAACUCUCAGCAACGGCACCAUAACAGGUACCGUGAUCGCGUGCCUGGUCUUCCUGGUUUUGGUAGCCGUAGGCGUCUUCUUCUUCCUCCGGCACCGAAAAGCAGCGAAGGCGAGAGAGGCAGCAGCAGCAGUAGACACCGCACCGAGUUCUCCUGAGUCUGGAAUAGAAUGCGUCGAUCUCAGCAUGAAGGCAGAACAACCCAGGGCAGGGCUUUCCAAUGUGUAUGGGGAACUUGAGGGUGAUGACCACCAUGUUUACCAAUUACAUGAGGAGCCGAGAAGACCUCCAUUAGAGACUCCCAUGUUCGAAUUGCCAGGGAGCCUUGGCAGGAGAAUGGAGUUGGACGCGAUAUCGACAGCCACUGGGGCAUCACAGGAUAAUGUCCCGUUGGGCAGACCAUCGCCUGCUAUCAGUCCUUCACCUGCUGUCAGCUCUUCGCUUACUCACAUUCCGUCACCUGUUAGCACUCCUCCACCUCUCAAGUAA